AUGGGGAACCGAAGCGCUGCAGAGGCGGGCUGGCUGCCUGCGGGGCGCGGGGUGGGGGUCUCGGGCCUGGGGGCAGCGGGGGUGGCGUCGCUGGCGGGUGGCGCGCUGCUCAUCGGCGCGGUGCUGGCGGGGAACUUGCUCGUGUGCGUGAGCGUGGCCUCCGAGCGCGCCCUGCAGACUCCCACCAACUACUUCAUUCUGAGCCUGGCGGCCGCCGACCUACUCCUCGCACUGCUCGUGCUGCCGCUCUUUGUCUACUCGGAGGUGAGCGGCGGAGAGUGGCUCCUGAGUCCCCGCCUGUGCGACGCGCUCAUGGCCAUGGACGUCAUGCUCUGCACAGCCUCGAUCUUCAACCUGUGUGCCAUCAGCGUGGACAGGUUUGUGGCCGUGACUGUGCCGCUGAGCUAUGGCCGGCAGGGCCGGCGUCAGCUCCUGCUCAUCGGCGCCACGUGGCUGCUGUCCGCCGCGGUGGCUGCUCCUGUGCUUUUCGGCCUCAACGACGUGCGCGGGCGCGAUCCGGCCGUGUGCCGCCUGGAAGACCGCGACUACGUGGUCUACUCGUCCGUGUGCUCCUUCUUCUUGCCCUGCCCGCUCAUGCUGCUGCUCUACUGGGCCACCUUCCGGGGUCUACGUCGCUGGGGGGCUGCUCGGCGCACCAAGUUGCACGCACACGCGCCCCGCCGGCCCAGCGGCCCCGGCCCGCCCCAGCCACCCGGGGAGCCCUGCACCCUGGACCCUGCGGGCUCCGCGCCCGGCCUCCCCUAUGCCUUGGAUCCCGAGGACUCUGCACCCGGGAUCUCCUGCCCCGCAGACCCCGCGGAUCCCGCAUCUGGGCUCCCCUGCGCUCAGGACCGUGCGGAUCCCGCUCCGGGCCUUCUCCGCGACCCCUGCACCGAAUACUGUGUUGCUCCAGACGCCAUCCCCGACGCGGCGCUCUCGCCGCACACCCUCAGGAGGCGGAGAGCCAAGAUCACCAGCCGGGAGCGCAAGGCCAUGAGGGUCCUGCCGGUGGUGGUCGGGGCUUUCCUGGUGUGCUGGACGCCCUUCUUCGUGGUGCACAUCACGCGCGCGCUGUGUCCUGCCUGCUCCGUGUCCCCACGCCUGGUCAGCGCCGUCACCUGGCUGGGUUACGUCAACAGUGCCCUCAACCCAGUCAUCUACACAGUCUUCAAUGCGGAGUUCCGCACCUUCUUCCGAAAGGCGCUGCACCUGGGCUGCUAG